AUGUCGCCCUGCGUGACCUCACACCUCUGCCUGCUGGUCUUACCAGUGAUGUCACUGCUGCUGCUCUUCACUCCCAUUGGUUGGAGCUACGAUGGCCUCACCCCUGGCUGUCACCUUCACCCCUUCAACGUGACCAUCCGCAGUGACCGCCGCAGCACGUGUAAAGGCACCCAUCUGGUCUACGCCUGUGUGGGCUACUGCGAGUCCAGCGCCUUCCCGUCCCGAUACUCCGUCCUCGUGGCCUCCAACUUCACCCACAACAUCACCUCCGCCUCACGAUGCUGCACCAUCAGCAAGGACGCCAAGGUCAAAGUUCGCCUGGACUGCCCUCGUGGUCGCCACCACGAUGAAAUAGAGAUCCUGACAGCGAAGGCGUGUCGCUGCGACAUGUGCCGCAAGUCCCGCUACUGA